AUGGGUAAGGAGAAGAUGCACAUCAACGUGGUCGUUAUCGGCCACGUCGAUUCUGGAAAGUCCACCACCACCGGUCACUUGAUCUACAAGUGCGGUGGAAUCGACAAGCGUACCAUCGAGAAGUUCGAGAAGGAAGCCGCCGAGUUGGGCAAAGGUUCCUUCAAGUACGCAUGGGUUCUUGACAAACUAAAGGCUGAGCGUGAGCGUGGUAUCACCAUCGACAUUGCUCUCUGGAAGUUUGAGACUCCCAAGUACUAUGUCACCGUCAUUGACGCCCCUGGUCACCGUGAUUUCAUCAAGAACAUGAUCACUGGUACCUCCCAGGCUGAUUGCGCCGUUCUCAUCAUCGCUGCCGGUGUUGGUGAGUUCGAGGCUGGUAUCUCCAAGGAUGGCCAGACCCGUGAGCACGCCCUCCUCGCCUACACUCUGGGUGUCAAGCAACUUAUCGUCGCCAUCAACAAGAUGGACACCACCAAGUGGUCCGAGUCCCGUUUCCAAGAGAUCAUCAAGGAGACCUCCGGCUUCAUCAAGAAGGUCGGAUACAACCCCAAGUCUGUUGCCUUCGUUCCCAUCUCCGGAUUCAACGGUGACAACAUGAUUGACAACUCCCCCAACUGCCCUUGGUACAAGGGUUGGGAGAAGGAGACCAAGGCUGGCAAGUCCACCGGAAAGACCCUUCUCGAGGCCAUUGAUGCCAUCGACCCACCUGCCCGUCCUACCGACAAGCCCCUCCGUCUUCCUCUUCAGGAUGUUUACAAGAUUGGUGGUAUUGGCACGGUUCCUGUCGGUCGUGUUGAGACUGGUGUCAUCAAGGCCGGUAUGGUUGUUACCUUCGCCCCCGCAGGUGUCACCACUGAAGUCAAGUCCGUCGAGAUGCACCACGAGCAGCUUGCAGAGGGUCUCCCAGGAGACAACGUUGGUUUCAACGUCAAGAACGUCUCAGUCAAGGAGAUCCGUCGUGGUAACGUCGCCGGUGACUCCAAGAACGACCCCCCCAAGGGUGCCGAGUCCUUCAACGCCCAGGUCAUUGUCCUCAACCACCCUGGUCAAGUUGGUGCUGGUUACGCCCCAGUUCUCGAUUGCCACACCGCCCACAUUGCCUGCAAGUUCUCUGAGAUCUUGGAGAAGAUUGAUCGCCGUACCGGAAAGUCCAUUGAGGAUGCCCCCAAGUUCAUCAAGUCUGGUGAUGCUGCCAUUGUCAAGAUGGUUCCAUCCAAGCCUAUGUGUGUUGAGGCCUUCACUGACUACCCUCCUCUUGGACGUUUUGCCGUACGAGAUAUGCGUCAGACCGUUGCUGUUGGUGUGAUUAAAUCGGUCGUAAAAGUUGACAAAGCUGGAAAAGUAACGAAAGCUGCAGUCAAGGCCGGUGCCAAGAAAUAG